CACUUUUCAACGCGAUUAGGAGGAAUGAAGUCGUGAAUGUAUUUCAUUGCACGUAUUGUCUGUAAUUAUUGUGUGUUCCCAUUUUAUUAGUCGAUGAAAGUGCAUUUUCAAAAAAUAUUGUUGAUCACAGAAAUCUGCAAUAGCUGAUAUAAACGGAAAAUCUAGUGAGUUUAUUGUAGUGUUGAAGUUUUUUUGCAUCCGCCUUGUGAUAUGCUGGUAUUAUCCAUUGAGCAGACAAGCACGAAGUGAAAAUAUUGGUGGCUAUUGCUCUGCAUCUGUUCAAAAACAACCAGCAAAGUACAAAACCGUGCGAUAGGACCCGCAGCAAGAUUUUUGUUCGCAUAAAACCGUACUUCCGUACUUGUGUAUCGUGUUUCAGAGGAAGAGUGCAUUCAAUGACUAGUAGCGCUGGAAGAAGUCAUUUCCGUUCAGCCUCUUUGUCAGAGUCCCAUAGUCAACAUUAUUAGAGCGAACCAGCCAAGAAUGCCAUUAGCUAACUCGGUGGAUCCAUGGAGAGAGAAAGUCCCACACAAUAUCGGCGGUACCGUGCGCACGGCGUGUCUAACUCGAUUUCAGGUCUCCGGAUAGUUUCUAGCUACAAGGAACGCACACCGUCGUCGUCUCAAGACCAUGUCGAGAUGGUUGUCGAUGAAAGCUACGAUGGCUUACUUGGUCAGCAGGCACCUCAGCUCGAUCCGGGUGGGCAGCUGCAUCAGCAUCAACUUCACAACCAACAGUUGGUCACCAGCGGCGUGGAUGUCGAGGCAAUGGAUCUGGAUGCCACCGAUGUGUCGCUCAUGAAACUAAGCGACGAGCAGGAGUACGACAUUCGGGACGUGGUGCGUGAGGGACACGAGAAGGCUGACCCGUCGCAGUUUGAACUGCUCAAGGUGCUCGGCGAGGGUUCGUUCGGAAAAGUAUUCUUAGUUAGGAAAAUUGUUGGUAAGGAUGCCGGCACGCUUUAUGCAAUGAAAGUAUUAAAAAAGGCCACAUUGAAGGUCAAAGAUCGAGUUCGAAGUACUAACGAGCGCAACAUUCUGGCUGAUGUGGGCCAUGCAUUUAUCGUUAAGCUUCAUUAUGCCUUCCAAACGCCGGGAAAACUGUAUUUGAUCCUGGACUUCUUACGGGGUGGAGAUUUGUUCACACGACUGAGCAAGGAGGUAAUGUUCACCGAGGAGGAUGUCAAGUUCUAUCUUGCCGAACUUGCAUUGGCGCUUAAUCACCUGCACGGUCUCGGAAUAAUCUACCGGGAUCUGAAACCGGAAAAUAUUCUGCUGGAUCAGGAUGGCCAUAUAGCACUGACCGAUUUUGGACUAUCGAAACAGCCGCUGGACGGUUCGAAAACUUACAGUUUCUGCGGCACGGUAGAAUACAUGGCUCCCGAAGUGGUCAAUCGAAAAGGACACACCUUUGCUGCCGAUUGGUGGUCCUUUGGCGUACUCAUGUUCGAAAUGUUGACCGGAAAUCUUCCCUUCCACGGAAGUAACCGAAAUGAUACGAUGAACCAAAUCCUGAAAACGAAACUUGGAAUGCCGGAAAAUUUAAGCCCGGAAGCGCAGAGUCUGCUGAGGGCUUUGUUCAAGCGAAAUCCACAGAACCGGUUGGGCGUAGGGCCGAACGGAAUUGAUGACAUCAAGAGGCAUGAGUUUUUUGCUAACGUCGACUGGGAUGCGUUCGAGCGGAAAGAUGUGCGGCCACCCUUCAUUCCUGCUGUUUCAAGGGAUGAUGCAUUUUACUUCGACUCGGAGUACACAAACAAGUCACCAAAGGAUUCUCCGGGAGGACCAGUCAGUGCCAGUGCCCAUGAGAUUUUUAGGGGUUUUAGUUUCGUGGCUCCAGGAUUGUACGAUGAUACACCCAAUUUCGCCAAUGGAAGUGGUAGCAUGAUGAAUCAACAGCCAUCAACUCGAUCGCCGUUUUCCAAUGAAAUUCCGGGAGUGAAACCGGGAGCUUUCAGCGAUGAGUAUACGUUGAUGCAGGAGUUAGGGCGGGGAACGUUUUCGAUUUGCAGGCUUUGCGAAAGCAGAACAACAAAGAAGCACUACGCCGUGAAGAUUAUUGACAAAUCAAGUCAUGACUGCCGAGAGGAGGUGGAAAUCCUGCUGCGCUAUGGUAACCAUCCGAAUAUUGUUUCACUGUACGGAGUGCAUGAAGAUGUCACCUAUGUCUAUCUGGUGAUGGAACUAUUGAAAGGUGGCGAACUACUCGACAGAAUUCUUGCUAUUCAGUUUAUGAACGAAGUGGAAGCCAGUGCGGUGCUAAAAACGGUCGUUUCUGCCGUUGCUUAUCUGCAUGAGCAUGGGGUGGUCCAUCGAGACCUGAAACCGUCCAACCUAUUGUACGCUUCAGCGAAUCAUACACCCGAAUCUUUGAAGCUUUGUGACCUGGGCUUUGCGAAGCAGUUGCGAGCGGAUAACGGAUUGCUUAUGACACCCUGUUACACGGCAAAUUUUGUUGCUCCGGAGGUGCUGAAAAAACAAGGCUACGAUUUGGCAUGCGAUAUUUGGUCGCUUGGUGUGCUGCUCUACAUCAUGCUGGACGGUAAGACACCAUUCGCUAGUACACCAAACGAUUCUCCGGAUAUGAUUUUGGCAAGGAUUGGUUCAGGAAAGGUAGAUUUGGAAACGGGGAAAUGGCCUAGCAUAUCGGAGGAAGUGAAGGAUCUACUUCGACAGAUGCUACACAUUGUGCCACAGCGAAGGCCAACUGCGGCACAGAUCUUGAAGCAUUCGUGGCUAUCUCGAUCGCGACUACUGUACAAUCAAGUAGGAAUGCAACAUCAAGCAUUGCAGACGGUUUUAACUGCUGACAUUACAGCUGCACCGGCGUGUUCGCUCUGUCCAGCGGACACCACGGAAGCCAUCAAGGGAGCAGUUCAUGCGACGUUUCGAGCUAUCUCUUCACCCCAGGCAGCGAACCUUGGACCGGUUGGAAUGUCCGAUCUGGCGCGACGAAGAAAAGACAAAAUGAACCAUUUGUAAUUUUAGCCGAAUGUGGGCGUCCGCGUGUGUUUCAUAAAUUGUGUAUGAUCGUAAAUGGUUCGUAUUGUGUGUGAAAUUAUGUGUUGUUUCGUGGCGUACGAUCGACCGACCGACCGACCGACAUCUAAACUCGUUUCGAAGCGGUGUAAUUAGUUGUUCGAACGGAUCAGUUUCCGUGACUUUACUGGCACAGUGACUAUGAAUAUGUAUGGAAUUCUGAACCACACAAUAAUUGUUCAAAAUUCCUUUCUAUGGAACGGGAUUGAUUACAAAAAGGUUUUUCACACCUAUCUAGACAAUUUUGAAAACUAGGCAAAAUGUGUACAAUUUCAGAAAAAAUUACAAAGCUUUUAUUAAUAACAAAUGUAAUAAAAUUCUACUUUACUAGAACGAAAUAUAACUUAUUUAGUUCUGUUUAAGAAUCCUUUUAGAGCAAUGUUUGAUACAAUCAUAAAAUGAACGCAACAGUACAGAAUCCUUUGAUUAACCGUAGAUCCAUAGUUGAAACAAUAAAUUCUUGUACAUUCUCUAUCGGUACUUUCAUAAAGUGCUGUCAGUGCAUUUUUAUCUUAUAUAGUUACUGUCGGUUUGUAUGUAGUUUCUACAUGCUUUGCAGUUAGAGCGAUUGCACCUUUGGAAGUUAUUUAAUAUCUAAUUAUGACACGGUACUAUCGAAACCAUUCGUCUUUAGUCUAUUGCGCAGGAGGAAAAAUGUUGAUCACUAUAAAAUAGAACAAAUCUGUCGAAGUUUCGUAUCGGUAUGCUGCGCCCGCUGCUUAUCAGUGAUGCUUUUGGAUGUAUAACCGCUUCGUCGCUUUGAUUAGACGUACAAAUCAACAAAAUGGAAUAGUAGCACCUAAGACAAAUUAACUUCACAGAAAAUAAAAGUUCAAUUAAUAUUUUAAAGCAUUUAAUCUAAGCAAACAAAGCAACACUUUUGUUAGGACAUAAAAAUGAAAAUAUCGUCUAUACAAACUGGAGCUAACAGUAAUACUAAAUAUUCUUCAAACUUUUUCUGACACGUUUGCCAAAACCAUACACACCAGUGGUAAAGAUAGAUAUGGAACAUAAACAAAUCACUAUAUUUACAAUGAUAAUCGUGUGCCAUACGUUGUGACUAAACCUACAAAACAAAAUAAUAGUUUACUAAAUUAUCGUUUUGAGAAAGAGAGAGAGAGAGGAUUGUACCUGUCGCAUUUUCGGGGUCAUUCCGCGCUAGCCAUACAAAAACGGUCAUAUUCUGGGUGUGUGUUGAAAAUGUUUGGUCUAUUGGAUUUGAACGUGUCAUGCAUACUAACACUUAUGGGCAUAAAAAUGAUAUGUGAUAAGCAUGUUAUGUUUUUUUAUUGUUUACUUUGACUAAUCGCAAACUAUUGUUUAACUAAUGAGUUUUAUUGACAAUAAUUUUACAAUACUUUUUAUUAGUUUAUGUCAAAUCCUACUGGUACUAGGAAAAGGUAUUAAGUUUUAGUAUCAAUAUUACUACUUGUUUAGAUUAAAAGCAAAGCUUUUUCAGAAGAAUUGAAAAAAUAUGUUAUUAAAAGAUUACAAAAAUUUAUAUUUCUGUUAGCAGAGGAUAGAACCAAAAUAACUUCUAUCGCACGUCAAAACGAUAUCCCACAAACAUUCUUUGGAACAUUAUCUUUGAUUGAAGAACGAACAGGUAUUUAGAUGCAUAUGAGUAUGCUAAUCCGUAAUGGUAAUAAGUUCAAUGCAUUAUUGAAAAUAAUAUGAAUAAUGAAGUAUACAAGUAAACUCAUUACAAAAUCUA